AUGUCAGCAUUAGCACUGCAAGUGCCCGGUGCAAGUGCGCUGAAUGUUGUGCUUUGUCCGGUCAGAAUCGUCCUCGAUCGACUGCAUCUUAGGUCUCCGCAAGUUGAGCCAGAGCGCGUCUUCUUUCUCAGCUGCCCGAGGAUCUCUGCUGAUCCUUUGCGGGUUCUUAAUUUGCAAGAUUUGAGCGCUGGGCAGUUCGGCCCACUUUUCCGCUGCAUAGUGGCAUCUUUGAUGACCUCUCGGAGGGUGAGGUGCAACACUCGUUUUGUGGCUGUCUUGGGCUCCAAAGAAGUAGAUGAGACUCUUCUGAACGCCAAAUCGCCUCACUUGCGCCUGGAGCUGGUUGGCGACGAGAUCAAGAUGAUGUAUGCGGAAGAAGUUUGGGUGGCAGCAACAUUUCAAAAAGCUGUACAACGCUUCAGUGACCCCGAGUUGGGCAAAACCUGGGCAAAGAGCGCUCGAACAGCUGGAUGGAGGCUUUCUCACUGCGAAUCGGUUCAAGCAGCUUUCCAAGAUGUAACCCACGGGGAACAAACUGUGACCUUGCUUCUCAGCGACACUGCCAAAGAGCCCGCAGAAGAUGCGUUGCAGGAGCUGAGAGAGGAGUCGCGCUCGUGCAAAGUCUCACGAGUGGUUGUACUCCUAGAACAGCUUGGAGGACAGACCUCACACGAGCUGGUUGCCUCGCGCUCUGUAAAGCUUGCUGGUGGACCACUUUCGACACCACAACAAGUGGUAAUCAUGAACUACCUCCUUGAUUGCGCAUGGAACUGCACGUUGCAAAGACCAAGCCGGAAAAAUGCGAGCGAAGCUGCUAAGUCUGUGCAAGAGAUGCAUGCAUUUGUGAUAUUCGUUUAUAUAUUCGUUUCAUGUAGGCACAGCGUCUGCAUCAGAGUCCACGUGACCACGUGGCAAAUCAUUUCCGUUCUUACAACCGUUGAAUAUCAGUAUGUCCACAGCGCAUAUUUUUGCACCGGAGCAGGAGCAGCGUGA